UUGGGUAUAAAACAAUCUCUUUUACGUUCUAUGUAGUACACUAUAUACGGUAUUUUCAGCGUUGCUGUGGGAAAAAAAACUUAAAUAUUAAAAAUAUUUUAAAAACAAUUUACUGCCACUUAGUGGUGGGCAAUUUUUAGCGUUUGGUAAUCAAAAACAUGAUAUAUAUGAAAAAACUUUGGUAUUUUGGUUGGAUAAAAUGCAACGCUUUAAUUUGUUUUCUGGUGUAUUAGGUAAACUGUAAAUUAAAUUAAAACUAUAUUUCUUCAUUAAAACGCUGUUGUAUUUUUCUAUGCGUGUUUAUUUCCGUGUUUACGGUAGCGCCUUAACCUCAAUGCAGGGUUGCCAGGUGUACCUGCACGUGGAACAUUUGGGCGUUAUGCAUUCACGAGAUCAGGGGCGGACACAAGCUGGCUGGAAGGCAGGGGUGAAAAAAAAUAAAAAAGAGACCCUCCUACACGCAGUGGGUCUCCACAGGCCACAGGAAGGGACUUCAUCAUGUUUCCUUGCACGUAGGGGAACCGUGUAGGGCUUUGCGUCCCGUAUUCUCCCCUGGAAGGGCGUGCAAGAGAGCACUUCAGCAUGUUUUCUACCAAGUAGGAGCCUUCUAGAAGGCACUGUAUCCUAUGGGGUGGUUGGCCUUAAUUUAAAACAACCCAAAAUUAACCUAGUGGAAUGGAUGAUGUUGGCAAAGGUUCACUUUUCCUAACAACCCCAGGAGCAAACUAAACUUGUGCCAAUACUGGCCUAAUGGACAAAAUUAUAUUGAGCCAACACUGGGACCCAAUGUUGGCCCAGAGAAAUGGCUGACGCUGGUCAUUGGCCCAUUGGGCCAACGUCAGUUUGUUACCUGUGUUGAAAAUGCACCUUUGCCAACAUCAGCUAUUUUAGCAACACUGGGUGCCAGUGUAAUUUUGUCUAUUGGGACAUUAUUGGGCGAAUGGUUAUCAUUCUGUCUCCUUUAAAUUUACACUGCUAGCACUGGCAUCACAUUAUACGGGGCCAACAUCAGCACUAUAAAACAUGAUAGCCCCAUUAAGUUAUGUGAACUUAUUUCUUCUCUUUAACUCCAAUUGUCAUGACAAGUUUUGGAUAUUGAACUCAAGUUUAUAAGUUUUCAAAAAUUAAACUUAAAGUAAUCCAUUGUCUUGACUUUGAGUCACUGUCUUGACUUGACUUUGAGUUGAAACGAAGGUUAUCUUCUACUUGAGUUUACUCACGUUUUUAAGGCAGCAGGUGAACUUUCAUUUCUAAGUUUAACCAACUUGAAAUGUCUUACGGUGAGUUGCUAUCUGGGAGCGAUAAUAUACUUAAUAUACUGAAUUAAAGAUACAUAAUAUGGCCUAAAGUAUGUGGACACCAGACCAUUACACCCAUAUUUGGGUCUUCCUCAAACUGUUGCCACAAAGUUGGAAGCACUAGUUGUAUAGAACGCCAUUGUAUGAUGUAGCAUUAAGAUUUCCCUUCACUGGAACUAAGAGGCUCAAACCUGUUCCAGCAUGACAAUGCUCCUGAGCACAAAGCCAGCUCCGUGAAGACAUGGUGUGUGAAGGUUGGAGUGGAAGAACUCGAGUGUCCUGCACAGAGCCCUGACCUCAACCCCACUGAACACCUUUGGGAUGAACUGGAACACUGACUGCACCCCAGACCUCCUCACCCAACAUCAGCGCCUGAUCUCACUAAUGCUCUUGUAGCUGAAUGAUCACAAAUCCCCACAGCCAUGCUCCAAAAUGUAGUGGAAAGCUUCCCAGAAGAGUGGAGCUUAUUCUAACUGCAAGGUGGGGACUAACUUUGGAACUAUAAGUUCAGCAAGAACAUAUGAGUGUAAUGGUCAGGUAUCACAAACUUCUGGCAUUAUAGUGUAUAUACAGACACUGUAAAGAUAAUGCAUGAAUGUAUUUUGUUGCUCAUGACUGGAUUAGACUUCUGUUAUGUUACUUAUGUUAGACGUAUUCUCAUAACUUUAAUUUAUUCAUGGCAGUAAAGUGAGAUUAUAAUUUUGUGGAUGAGCUUUUUAGGGAAACGGAUAAGUGUAAUUUUGUAACUAUUGUAUAAUGUAUAGUAUAGUAUAUAUAAUAUAAAGUAUGCACUAUAUUAGGCAACAAUAAUAAUAAUCAUGGUAUUGUUAUGUAUUAAGCAGAAAAUUAUUUUGGUUUUAUCUACACAGAUCUGGCAACCACGCGUUAGUGUCUCUUCUUCCGUUGUGUGGUUGUCCUGGCAUAAAACAACGCAAUCCUUGUCUUUUGGCAAAGUGUGCAGUAAUAAAAACUCAGCUUUGCCAUUUCUGCUGAACUGAAGAGGUGGAAAGGAGCCGUGACGGAAACUUCUGGCUUUGGAUUCGGUUCUGUGUUUUAUGUAAAUGAGAUGGACAACAUGUCCAGCGGUGUCGCUCUUCAAAAGCAAAUAGCAUCGAUCAUGGACGAGCUCGCCAAAGCCGCGGUGGCUGAAAUAAGCAAAGUGGUGGACGAUGGCGUCGUUAUGUUACGGCUGGAGAUCUGCGAGCGCGAGCACGAGAUCGACUCGUUAAAGCGCAAUCUGCAGAUGGUGUCCGAGGAGCUGCGCGAGACCCGGCGCGCGCUCGUCCGCCAGUGUGUGAGUGGCGCGCGCCCCGGACAGCCGCUCAAAGGUGCCAAAGAAAAUGAUCAAAGAGACGAAGAAAGGGAGCCUGGGAUCGAGGACUCAGACAGGAGGAGUGGCGACGCAGCAGCAUCCAGAGUGGUUGUAAAGCUUGAAAGCGUGGACGACGAGCAGGCAGUAGAAGAUGGAAACCAGUGCACGAGAACAGAGCCUGACUUACACUCCGGUUCUGCUGAUGAUGACCAACUGGCCCAGACGUGGUCAUCAGAGAACAACACGGAGAUACAAGACCCUCAUUUUUAUUCCAAACACGAUCAGUGUCAACGCCGGUCGGAGCAUUGCUCUAAGGUGGAGCAGAAUUACGACUCGCUCGGGGGCAGAGCGGAGACGCAGGGCCUAAGUGGAGAAGAGGAGCUGUCAGCGGAUAGCCUGCAUGCGGCUACGGAUGAAUUGCUGCGAGCGCAGCCACGCUCUCACACACACAACGUGCUCGUGCAACCACCUCCUGAUUCUCAGGGUGAUUUUGGUUCAUUCGCACUGAGCAUAGCUUCCAGAGGGAGACCGAUGGUUGGGCCGGCCUUGCAGAAGAGACGAUUCGCCUGCGCCUUUUGCAGCAAGAGCUUCGAUCGUCUCAGUCAUCUUGAUAGACAUCAGCGCAUACACACGGGAGAAAAACCCUUCAGCUGCAUGUUAUGUGGCCGGUGCUUCACCCAGAAAAGCAGCUUAAAAAGCCACCUGAAGACCCACCGAGGAUUCACUGGCGAUUUAGAUGCAGCAUCUUUGUUGCCGAGUGAAAAUAAUCUCUUCAGUGAUGAGUGGAAUAUGGAGACUCACUGUGAAGAACAGAUCACACACAACUUUGACCAAAACACAGAAGAACCGAAUUCACACUCGUCCUACCUGAGCCAAGAAGGAGCUCACUUCAUAAACGCAGAUGAAGAGAGCAUGCACCAAGCAUACGGAGAUCAGAAGAUUAGAAAUUUCCCUGCAGGACAAACUAAGAAGCCAGCUGAUCUACCUGAGCUAUAUGAGAAGAAUGGGGAGGAAGAGGAGGAGGAUGAAGAUCAGGUGUUAUCCGAUUGUCGGCUGGACGAGCCUAGGCACUCUGGAUCUGAGAGUGUCCUGGAUGAGGAAGAUGCUCAGGCACACUCAAGUUUCAGGAAAGACUCAAUGGAGUCUGACUGCGUUAGCAUAACCGAGCAAACCUCAGCUCAAAACCAACGCCGGUUAGAAUCUACCUCGACAGUCCUACACACGUGGGGGGUCUCCAAGGCCAAAAGUGUUGCUGUGAACCAAAUUCAUGUGAAAGAGGAGGAAGAGGAUGCGUCCUGCUUGGAUGAAGAAGAGUCCAAUCUAAAUCCAGAGGCGCCCUAUGACCCGAACACAGCGUCACCUUUAGAUCAGAACUCGACCACAGACUGUCUCAGGACCACAGAGACUGCAGCGGUGCCUGAUUUUCCAUACGACACAUUACCUCGGAGGCGGCGUAUUUUGAAUGGACGUGAGAGGCGCUUCCUGUGCGUUCUCUGUGGUAAGAGUUUCGACCGUCUGAGCCACCUGGACCGGCAUCAGCGCGUGCAUACCGGAGAGAAGCCCUUCAGCUGUGGGACAUGUGGCAGGAGCUUCACGCAGAAAAGCAGCCUGAAGGGUCAUAUGCGAACGCACACGGGUGAGCGUGGCUUCAGCUGCUCUCUGUGUGGCAUGAGCUUCCCCACACGAGCCAGUCGCUACCGGCACCAAUGUAACUAACCACAACCUGUGUCUUACAGCUAAUCUCAAAGUUCCUGCUGUAUGAACUAAACAGUGCAGACUUUGCUGGAAAAAUGCUUUUAGGAAGAUUCUUAUAACUCAUCAGCUUUGUACGUAUUUAUGUACAUUGAUACAGCUGUUUUUCUCUGUAGUAGACCACAUUUACUGUACAAUGAAUUACAUUUCUGUUAUUAAUUGUGUGCAAACCGUCAACCCUGCAUUCAAGGGUUACACAAAGUAUUUCUAUUUUUUGGGAAACGCUACAUCAAGGACAAAUUUUAAAGUUUACAACAAUUUUAAAAUGACACAUUUUAACAAUGACUUUACCACAAGGACCAAUUUUAAAAGAUUUUGUGUUUACUGUUAAGGUGAAAGGCUGGUGUUGCGAUACAAAUCCAAAAAGAAUGUGCUGCUGUCUGAUGCCAGUUAUAUCCCUGAAGUUGUUACACUGAUGUAAAAAUCAUGAUUACAGACAACAGCAUCAGACUGCAAAACGUAUCAUUAUAGACAAGCAUGUCACAAACUUGCCUUAACCAAGCAUUUAUAAGCUCAACGUGCCCUGACUAGCCCUGGAGAUACACAUAUCUUGCCUAUUUCUUGGCAGAAAAUAUGAGAACUAUACUCAAUCAGGCAAUACGAAGAGGAAGCGUAUGCAGUGUAAGCGGUAUCAAAUCAAAUGUCCAUUCGUCAUUCGUUCAUAGGCAGAGUUCAUUUUCUGUGGAUAUUGGGAGCCAAGGUGGAGGUUGGUGUUUUCAGGGCUUUAAAAAUCAGUGGGUUAAAGCAGUGGCAUUUUAGUCCCCAGAUAAAACUGGGAUGGCAUGGAACAUCCAUUGGCUUCGAUGUUGGUAUAUUAUAUUUUGUGCUUUCUCUUUAUAAAAACCAUAAUAAUUAUGCACAUGUAACUGUAUUUAUCAUUAGAUUGGGCUGCAGAACGUGUACUCUCCCUUUUCAUUAAACGUGCUGUCAGGUCGUAGCAGCCAAACCCAUUUAACGCCUUCAUUUUUGGGGGAAUUUAGUGUAGAGAGAGAUUUCGUCCAUUAGGAAUAGGAUUUAUAGCUAAUUGUCAGGACUGGGCAGGAAUACAGUAUAUGUCCUUUUGGUACUGUAAUCAUAUGUUUCAUGGUGUGUAUUUUUCAUCACUGGAAAGCUAGAAACAUGAUAUGAGCCAUCAGCAAACUGAGAACAAAACUGGGCAUCAUUGUAAUUGUUUCUCUGCAGACUCUAUUAAAUCAUGAAUUGCUAAUGUAUAAAUGUUUGUUUCAUUUUGCUUGAUAAAGAACACGUUCAGUGAUGGUCAACGAUUCUGAUAAGAUUUACAGAAAUGGCAUGGUUUAUUCUUAGUAACCCAGAAUCUGCUUGUUUUCUACCUUGAGAACCUCAGUUGUGUCAUUGCCAGUUCUCACCCACUAGCUAGUGACUUCUUAUCUCACAGCAUCUACAAAUGUGGGAAGACAGAGGUUAGCACAUAUCUGUUUAAAUUGCUGCUGAUGCAUCAUCACAUCAGGGCAGCUGUGUGGAAUAGAGCACUAAAUGCCACUCUACAUGAGCUAGCAUACUGUUGUGACGAAGGGAAAAGAGCCAUUAAUCCCACCCACAUGGCAGGACAAUUACAUGGUCUUUAUAGUCACAGGCCAGUAUUCACUAGAGAGUAUGGUUUAUCACUAAUUGUAGCCUACAAACCCCUACUUUCAUAUGAAUUUGACUGACAUAUGAAAUGAACAACAGACCUUUUCCUGCAGUCUGUCAGCGAAUACGUGUGAUUAUCUUAUUUACUACCAAACCUCUUUAAUGUCAAUUUUACAGACAGAAUUCCAGGAAUUUUAUUUCAGUCCAGUGAUUAUACAUGUGAUACAUACAGUAAUGUAUCCUGCUCCAAAAAACUAAUUGUGCUGUGGUGUUCGAAAGUUUGUUUUCUGGCUGUAAACCAGUGCACAGAAGUGUGUAUACACAGACGUGCAGAUAGCCAAUCAGAUCGAGAUCCUGAAGCUUGUGGCCAGAAACAUGUACAAAACAUAUCAAAUAUUUUGUGGCCUGUAGGCGGAGAAGUUAAGGCUAAGAAUAUGCUCUCAAGAGAUUGCUAUUCUUUUAGAUUCUUUCCUCGGCUGAAUGUUCCAGACACAUACAGAAAGAAAGGCGAAAAUAUGUGUUAGGCUAAUUGUGCCUUACAGAAUUUUCAAAGAGACUUCACGUGUGUGCAACCUCAUAUUUAUACCCCAGAGAAACAGUACAGGGUAAAAGGUGACAAUAAACUUUAUGGAAUUUCAGAGCAUUUUUGAAAACAUACAUUUUCUGACAAUUUCUUUGCAUUUAUUUUUAAAUAUUAUUUAUGGGUCUCAAUAAUUUGUUUACACAUUAUUAGAAAAAAUACUGCUAUUGAAAGUAAGUGAUUAUGAGAAGUAUUUUCUCAUUAGAAGUAAGCUAAGUAGUUUAUCCAACCAAGUGAAAAAUAUAAAUCAUGGUGUGUGAUGUAUACUGUAUACAGUCAUCUUGCACGUUCUCUUGAAGGGAUGAAUAAUUCUGGAGAUGAUGUGAAUAUUUUGGUUAAAUAAGAUGAUGUGAAGUGUUGCUAUCUUUUGGACUGGAUAAAACCAGACACAAUGACAAUUAAAGUCAAUCAUAUAGGUUUCUUUUGCCUUUGAUGACUUUGAAUAUUUCUUCCAUGCAACAUGGACAUAACUUAUUUCAUACCACUGCACUGUUGAAUUCUUGAAUCUGAAGGUGUUGAUUAAUAUUCUCUAAAGUCAUGGCUCUGUAAUUCCAAUCACAGGUUUAUAUUAAAAGGCCUACGUUAUUGUUUAUAUAGUAAUAAUUCAUUCACAGAGACUUGUAUGGCAGAUGCUCCACAAUAAUUUAAGCAAAUUAUUAUUAAACAGAUUAUGAAAAUGUGCUGUUAUUUAACAAAGGAAAAACAUAUAAAACAUAUAAUUGUUGAUUUGGUGAAGCUUUCUGUAAGUUUCUGUGACUAUUUACCAUUUAUGGAAGGAGUCUCCACUGUCAGUGCUUUGUAGGUCAGUAUGUUUUCCACCAAGGGAAAGUCUGCAGGACGGAGGACAUUCUGGUUUCUCGAUAACAUGACAAGCUGAGUUUUUGUCUUAUUAAUGUGAAAAGAGAGUUUGGUCAGGGAACAACUGUUUAUACUAGCUGCUAUAAUGUAAGUGAUAAUAGGAACUAACUUGCGGACUUUCCACCACAUUAAAUGUACAAACUGGUAAAAACGUGAUGUGUCGUUCAUUAUAAUAAAUUAAAAAUUGUAACUGUUAG